AUGAAGUUUAGUUACAUUGCCUUCUGCUGCCUUUUGGCUUUGGCCUUUGCCGAACAAGGAAACGAACAACAAAAACUUAGUGAGGCUCACGAUGCUUGCCAGAGUAAUCCUAACACCAAACUUUCACAUGAAGCCAUGAUGCACAUGGAGGGCUCCAACGAUCCCAACCUUGGCAGGCACAUGCUCUGCAUGAACGUCAAACUAGGAAUACAGAAUGAAAACGGUGACGUCAAUGUAGAAGAAUUGAAAAAAGACCUCGAACGCCACCUCAAGGACGCCGCUAAAGUUACAGAAGUUGUUGGCGAAUGCGGAAAAAGACAAGCUGGUGCUUCUAAAGAGGAUGUAGCUAUAGCCCUAGCCCGUUGCCUUGGCAAAUAUUUAGGAAAUGUUCACAAUCACCACGGAGCUCACGGAGAACACCAUGAAGGACAUCAUGAAGGUCACCACGAAGGACAUCAUUAA